AUGUCUCCUACUCUGGCUUCCAUUGGCGGUCGAGUAGGCAACACUGUCAGGAUCGGGUUCCUGGUCCUUUGGACAGCUGCCGCGGUGGCCUUCGCCGCAAUUGACUUUGUCGACCCGAGUUGGAACAUCAUCGACCCUCUUAUCUCAACAAGCCUCCUCACCUACCUGGUCUGCCGUCUGAUUGUGGCCUGCCAGAGGAAUCCGCAUGAUGGGUCAAUGGCCUUCCGCCUGGCCAAUGCGGGCCGCCGGUCACGUUCGGGAGCAUUCGCGAUGCUGCUUGUCUGCGGUGCCUGGCUCUUUGAGCUCUUCUUCAAGAUCCUAUGGAUGUUCCUCUUGACGAUUCUGGGAACCGCGAUCAUGAUGUUUCAUGUCUAUGGUGAUACCGUCGAGGAAAUCCAGACCAUUAGUGGUCCAAAAGAAGAUGAUAUCGAUUUUGCGGCUGCUCGAAAACAAUUGGAGGAGUUUAAGGAGACGAUGGGCUUUGAUCCCCUUCCGUGGCUUGGGUGGAUCCCACCGAACUUCUUGAUCUGUGGCGCCAUCGUAGCGUGGAUUUCCUUCUGUACGCUGGGUCUGUACGUUCUGCGUCGGGGGUGGAAGUCCCUCAAGGUGUUGUUUGCGCCGGUCGCAGCCUCUGCUCCAGCCAGUAAAUUCGUGGUCUGA